CCCACCAACAGCCGCAAUAGGAGCGGAUAUGCGACUCACUACGACGGGGAAAGACACCUUAGCGCAGCCGCGUUUGGAUUUUUCGCCGUGUUUCGUGCCUCCCGAAUGGACCUCCGCUAGUAGUCAGCGCUAACUUGUUUCCGGACUACAAAAAACUACAACAACAAGAACAUGGAGCACUAUGAGCACGACGUGGCUCUACGUGCCGGCCAGAUGAUGGACGAGCUUUCCUUGUACGACGCCUACCGCCGCCAGGACGCCGCGGGAAGGGAUUUGGACUCUGCGGCGACCACGCUCCGGCAGCAGCAUCACACCGUGGAGAACUUUACGUCGGGGAACAAAGUCUACAACGCGGCUCCGGUGCGGCCGGUCCAGUGCGGCCGGAGCGUCCCGGUGGAUUUCUGCACCCCGCAACGGGAGGCGGGUUACGCCGAGGAGGGCUGCUGCAAAUCCGAGGUGGCGCUGCCCUGCUACACCGGCGCCUCCGAGAGGCAACGGCGUUACUCGCUGGAGGUCCACCGGUACAGCACCGGCUCCGCGUUCGACGCCGUCCACAAGCCGUCCCCCCUGCCCGGCAACAGGUGCAACAGUGUGUGCAUGGACGGCAGGCAUCACAGCCCGCGCUCCAGCCUGGCGUCCUCCUCCGCCAGCCCCCGGGCGAGCUUGGUGGCGGCGGCUGCGGUGCCCGGCGAGGGCUCCAGCGUCCUGAGCCCGAGGUCCAGCUACGCGAGCACGGCCAGCGACACCAGCAAGCACUCCAGCCCAAGGACCAGCCUGAAUAGCUGCGACUGCUGCAGCAAGCCCAGCAGCAACCGGACCAGCGGCAUCAGCAUGGGCUACGACCAGAGGCACGUCAGCCCCAGGUCCAGCACGGCCAGCCAGUACUCCUUCACCACCAGUCCCAGGUCCAGCUACUCGGACUCGCGCUACGGACCCCACGUCAGGGACGAUUUCGAGGCAGCCGCCCCGCUCAUGGCAAGCCCCAGGUCCAGCAUGUGUAGCCAGGACGGGAGUGCCAGAGGUCCCGUUUGCGUUCUCAGUCCCCGCUCCAGCAUCUCCAGUCACAGCUCGAGGAGCUCCCGCAGCUCCAGGGGGUCCAUGAGCAUCUAUCCGGACCUGCAGCUGCCCUCGCCCAGGGCGUCCAUGCUGGGGGGACACGACGACUCGCUCCUGGAGGAGCUCGGGGACCCCAACGGGAUGCACCCAGGCCUCCACGUCCAAGAGCACCCCUCGUCCCUCGAUGUGACCUCCAAAACCCCCACUGCGAGCCAGAGGUUCAAGAUGCCUUAUCAGGUGACCCCAAGCCGGGAGAGCGGGCCCAGUCAGGCGGAGAGGCGGCUGGAGGCGCUCACCUUAGAGCUGGAGAAGGAGUUGGAGAUGCACAUGAAGAAGGAGUACUUUGGUAUCUGCAUUAAAUGCGGCAAAGGCGUGUACGGAGCCAGCCAAGCCUGCCAGGCCAUGGGGAAUCUUUAUCACACCAACUGCUUCACAUGCUGCUCCUGUGGGAGAAGAUUACGAGGGAAAGCCUUCUAUAAUGUCAAUGGGAAGGUCUACUGUGAAGAGGACUUUUUGUACUCCGGUUUCCAGCAGACGGCUGAUAAGUGCUUCGUGUGUGGCCACCUCAUCAUGGAAAUGAUCCUCCAGGCGCUGGGCAAGUCCUACCAUCCAGGCUGCUUCCGCUGUGUGGUGUGUAAAGAAGGUCUAGACGGGGUGCCCUUCACUGUGGACAUGGAGAACAACAUCUACUGUGUCAAAGACUACCACACGGUUUUUGCUCCCAAGUGUUCCUCCUGCAACCAACCCAUUCUCCCAUCUCAGCAUCUAACAGUGGGAUUGUCCCGUCAGGGCUCUGAGGAGACCAUUCGGGUGGUCUCAAUGGACAAGGACUACCAUGUGGAAUGUUACCACUGUGAGGACUGCGGCCUCCAGCUAAACGACGAGGAGGGUCACCGCUGUUACCCUCUGGGCGGCCACCUGCUCUGCCAUGGCUGCCACAUUCACCGACUGCAGUCCCAGAUUCCGGCGCACCCGCCCCCCAGCUACCCGCUCCACGUCACAGAGCUGUGAAGAGGAGGGGGCAAAAGGGGGCGAUGCCAACCCCCAUCUGAUUCCCGUGACCCGAGACUCCAACCUGCCCCCCCCCAGUACAGACAGUUUGGUUGAAGUGUCCAUGUGUAAUGUCCGAGUUAUCGAUUUGCCCCACAUACCAGGGUGGGGUUACCCUUUCCCAUAUGUGCCCUACCGCUUCCUUUCCGACAACUAUAUAAACCCCGCCCAGGGGGCCAUCGCUGGCUGGACCAGCCAGUCUCAGUGUGGCCAUGUCGUGCCUGUCUCCCAGCGACCCGCGUUGAGCUGUGAAGAGGAAGGUGGCCGGAGAGGCCAACCUGGCCCACCCACUGAGCAGCCAUGUAUGAAUCCUCUUUUUUUGCCCACCCUCCUGCUAACCACGAUGCCCUCUCCUGAUGACCCCGCAUUUUCAUUCCAAGGGCCACUGCUGGCUGGACCAGUUCCAGUGUGGAAAGGUUGUGCCCAUCUCCCGCUUCUCUGGGGUGUCCAGGUGGUGGACUCACUCUGCUGCUGCUACCCAACAAUGGGGUUACACACAGCCUCUGUCUAUGCCCCCCACUCUUGGUGACCCCACCACUUCAUUCUGAUGCAUGAAUUACCGCCGCCGCCCAGAGGUGCCGCCGCUGACCGGAUGGGAAAGGCCCAGUGGGGCCAUAUUGUGCCUUCAGAGCGGGCUCUCCAAAUAGCUGCUACUCUCCAUGUAGCCGCUAACACUGACAUGAGCUCACGGACCAUCUUGACGCCAACCCCCGUGGCAUCCCAUUCCGUUAACACUGACAUUCCGUGUAGACAUCUUUAGACAAGACCUCCAGAGAUUCACUGUCUUAAUGAAUGAUGAAAAUACAAUGCUAGGUGUGCACACACACACACACACACACACACACACAUACACAAAUAUAUCCCCCAUAUAGUGGAACCUCGAUUAAAACGGAUCCUGAUAUAACGGAUAUCAGAUAAAACAGACUGUCAGGACUGAAAAAUUUGUCCAAAAAUAGUUUAGAUUUGUCUGCCGUUGACAAAUUGACAAUUGGCCGCUGUUGUUUACAGGCGCUGUGGCCCAAUGCAGGCAGAGAAUAGGACUGAAGUUUUUCCAGGUCACAGAUAUACAAUAUGACUAGAUCCAAUUCCAAAAGACGUUUCUCCCGUGCCUACGUGGAGGCCAUGUUGAAUGUGGGCCAUUGACGUGCCACGGCCAUGUGAUGAUGGGUCUAUUUCUUUGGUUCUAUUAGCAUAACUGCGGUGUUAACUCUGAGAAAUACAAAAAGUCUCUGGAGUCUGGAAUAUGCUAUUUUUAGUACAGUAAUAGUUUUGUUUUUGUCAAGCCAUUCGCUUUUGGCAACAGAUUUGGCACUAGAAAGCACACUAAUUCCUUGCGGCUCAUUGACUCGCCUAUGAUGAGUUCUGUACGUCAACAAUGUCACCAUGACCAAGCACACCGGCGUGGUGAGUGGGGAUAAAAUGUGACUUUCAAACAUUUUCAAGCUUUUUAAAAAAUAUUUAUUUACAAUAACUUUCUCCUGGCAGCACGGUGGAGACUGCUUAGCACAUCUGCCUCACAGUUCUGAGGUCCCGGUUUCAAAUCCGGCCUCCCUGUGUGGAGUUUGAAUGUUCUCCCCGUGCCUGCGUGGGUAUUCUCCAGGUACUCCGUUUUUCUCCCACAUUCCAAAAACAUGCAUGGUAGCUUAAUUGACUAUUCUAAAUUGUCCUAAAUUUCCCAUACGUUUGAAUGUGAGUGUGAAUGGUUGUGUGUGUGCCCUGUGAUUGGCUGGCGACCAGUUCUGGGUGUACCCAGCCUCUCACCUGAAGUCAGCUGGGUUAUGCGCCAGCACAACCCUCGUGAGGAUAAGCGGUUCAGAAAAUGCAUGGCUGGAUGGCUUUAUCUUUGUACUCUACUGGGCGUUCUAGGCCACAAAAAAAAAAACUACACAACAACACUUUUGUACUGUACAGUAAUAUGGGUGUAUAUGGCCUGAAAAAAAGUGCUUCAAUGUAACGGACAAUUGACUAUAUCGGACGACCCCACCCCUGCCCCUAUUAGUCCGUUCUAUUGAGGUUCCACUGUAAUACUGCGUGUGUGUAGGUGUAUAUAUAUAUAUAUAUAUAUAUAUAUAUGUAUAUGUGUAUAUAUACAGUAUAUGUAUAUGUGUUUAUAUACAGUAUAUGUGUAUGUGUAUAUACAGUAUAUGUAUAUGUGUGUGUGUGUGUGUGUGUCUAUAUAUAUAUAUAUAUAUAUAUAUAUAUAUAUAUUUAUAGAGCUGCCAACCUAUAGAAAUUCACUUCCAAAACAAUUUGUCCAAAUUUGUCUGAAUUUCCAUAUUUUCAAGAUUUUAUCAAGAUUUUACCGCUGAACAGUUGUUGCGGUAUAUUAUGUAAUAGGAUUAAAAUAAUUAUUCAAAUUGCACAACAUAAUCAUUUCUCUUUAAGCGUAAUUGUUAAUAAAUUAUGGCUUCAAUAUUUGUUAUUUUAAUGUUUUGAUUGCAUCAACCUUGUAAUGGCGGACGCAGUUGCAGCCUGAAUCAAAGUAUGAGAUUUCAACGUGCCAUCAUCAAAAAUAUCUGUGACCACGGAUUAAUUGGCCUUUACCAAUUCUGUUGUCAACCUUGGUUACAAGAAAAGAAAAAGUCUAUUCAAUCAGGUUAAUCAGAUCUAAAAAAAAUUUAAAGUAAGCACUCUUGCAAAUAACAAAUAACAUUGCUGAUAGAUUGAAUUGGAUAGUUUAUGCACAGUUUAUAUUUCUAUUUUGUGAAUGUACUUUUAUAGAUGUCUUCUCUUGGAUGCUAUUUAUAUUAUAUAUUUAUAUUUCCUAUGUCCACUAUUGCUACUGAAAUGAUGGAAAUUUCUCCAUUGUGGGACUAAUAAAGGCUAUCUUACUGACAGCACAUUACAAAUAUUUAUUAUUAAUAAUUAUAUACUUUUAACCUGACCCCGUUCUCAGAUUACUUCUCCAGUGACAUAAUAAUUCAUUUCCUGUUCAGGGGGCAUUUUGUGAGGCCGUGAAUUAUUUUACAUUUAUAUCUCCAGACGCGUAUUAAUUGGAUUAUUUUGUUGUUCAAACUUGCUUACUCUCUGCCAUAACGCGGUUCCAGCCAGACCUACGUAACAAGAGUACUGCUUAGUUUGGUGUUUUGCAACGUCAUGACACGAUACCUUACAAAUUAGCAUCAUGCUCUUCCGUCUUUUCCUACCCACCCCUCGGGCUCCCGUCGUGAUAACAUAAACGAUAUAUGUAAGAAGCAUGGUAAGAAGUGUAGUUUAUUUGCUCCCAUGGAAAGUGUAGUUUAUUUGCAAUGAUUGGUGACUUACAAUGCGUUGACAACAGACGCAAAGAGAACUUUCGCCUCUGCGGCUUGGCAGCCUUGGGGCCCCCAAGCAGGUUUUUUUUCAUCUUGUCCUUUUUUUGUAAACAAUAUAGUGUUUAUUUCAUCAAAUCCAUUUAUGAAAUUUUCCUCCUGGUGGUCGGAUACAGCUCUGUAUUGGCCAGUAAUGUAGGACGCUGGAUUCCCCCCCCCACCAUAAUAUCUGAAACAAUCGGUGGUACAGCACAAGUCAGUGUUCAGUGAUUUCCAUAACAAAAUACUGACGUUCUAUAACAUUUGGCAGCUCUCUCUCUCUCUCUCUCUCUCUCUCUCUCAUACAUACGGUGCUAUGAAUAGGUAUUUUCACCCUUCUCCAAUUCUUGUUUUUGCAUAGUUUCUCAACUUAAAUGUUCAUCAAACAAAUGUAAAUAUGAGACAAAUAUAACCCAAGUAAACAUUUAAAGUUGUUUAUUUAUGAAGGAAAAACAACUAUUUAAAGCUACUUGGCUCAGUGUUAAAAAGUAAUUGCCCCCGAAACCUACUAAGGCCAUCCUCAGUCGCAACAAUUGAAAUUAAUCGUUUUCUGUAACUGGCAAUGAGUCUUUCACAUCUCUGUGGAGAUCUUUUUCUCCACACUCUUCCUUGCACCGUUGUUUUAAUUCAGCAAAUCUGGAGGGUUUUUGAGCAGGAAUCCCCUUUUUAAGGUCAUGCCACAGUAUUUCAAUUGGAUUCAAGUCUGGACGUUGACAAGGUCACUCCAAAACCUUAAUUUUGUUUUUUUAAGCCAUUCAGAAGUUGACUUGCUAGUGUGUUUUGGAUGUGUUGAAGAACCCAAGUGUGCUUCAGCUUGAAGUCAUGUACUGAUGACAGAACAUUCUCCUUCAGGAUUUACUGGUAAAGAGCAGAAUGCAUUGUUCCAUCAAUCACAGCAAGUCAUCCAGGUCCUAUAGUGGCAAAGCAGCCUUAGACCGUCACACGACCACCAGCAUGAUUGACUGUUAUGAUGUUCUUUUUCUGAAAUUAUCUGUUACAUUUACGCCAGAUGUAAGGAGAAACACACUUUCAAAAAAGUUCCACUUUCGUCUCAUCAGUCCAUAGAAUAUUCUCUCAAAAGUCUUGGGAAUCAUUCAGAUCUUUUUUGCCAAAGUAAGAUGAACCUUUAUGUUGUUUGGUCAGCAGUGGUUUUCGCCUUGGAACUUUGCCAUGGAUGCCAUUUCUGCCCAGUUUCUUAAUUAUUGUUGAGUCAUGAACACUCAACGUAGCUGAGGCAUGGAAUGUCUACAGUUAUUCAGAUGUUGUCCUGGGUUCCUUUGUGACCACCUGGAUGAGCCAUCCCUUUGCUUUUGGGGUAAUUUUUGUACGCCGACCACUCCGGGGAAGGUUCGCUACUGUUCCAUGUUUUCUCCAUUUGUCGAUAAUGGCCCUCACAGUGGUUCAUUGGAGUCCUAAAGCUUUCGAAAUGGCUUUGUGACCCUUUCCAAGAUGUCAAUUACUUUAUUUCUCAUCUUCUCUUAAAUUUCUUUGGAUCGCGGCAUUUUGUUGCAGCUUUUUUAGAUCGUUUGGCUGACUUCGUUUUAUCAGACAGGUUCUUUUUAAGUGAUUUCUUGAUUGAACAGGUCUGGAGGUAAUCAGGCUUGGGUUCGGUCUGUGAAAAUGAACUAUCCAUUAAAUGUGAUUAGCCACAGUUAAUUCAUGAUUUAACAAGGGGGUUAAUUUCCCUUUCACACAGGGCUGAGUAGCUUUGAAUAGAUCUUCUUCCUUAAUAAAUAAAAUCACCAUUUAAAAUCUGCAUUUUAUGCUUACUUGGGUUAUCUUUGAUAUUUACAUUUGUUUGAUGAUCUUAAACAAAGUGGGGAAACUGAAAAAAAUAAUUCAAUUAGAGAAGGGGAAAAUACUUUUUCACGUCACUGUAUUUACAGUAUGUGUGUGUGUGUAUAAUAUAUAUAUAUAUAUAUAUAUAUGUACGGAAAGUAUUCAGACCCGUUAAAUUUUUCACUUUUUUACAUUACAGCCAUUUGCUAAAAUCAUUUAAAAUUCAUUUUUUCCAGAUUAAUGUACACACAGCACCCCACAUUGACAGAAAAAAACAGAAUUGUCGAAAUUUUUGCUGAUUUAUUAAAAAAGAAAAACUGAAAUAUCACACAGCCAUAAAUAUUCAGACCCUUUGCUCAGUAUUUAGUAGAAGCACCCUUUUGAGCUAAUACAGCCAUGAGUCUUUUGGGGAAUGAUGCAACAUGUUUUUCAUACCUGGAUUUGGGGAGCCUCUGCCAUUCCUCCUUGCAGAUCCUCUCCUGUUCUGUCAGGUUGGAUGGUGAACGUUGGUGGGCAGCCAUUCUCAGGUCUUUCCAGUGAUGCUCAAUUGGGUUUAAGUCAGGGCUCUGGCUGGGCCAUUCAAAAACAUUCAUGGAGUUGUUCUGAAGACAGUCCUUCUGUAUUUUAGCUGUGUGCUUAGGGUCAUUGUCUUUUUUGAAGGUGAACCUUUGGCAUAGUCUGAGGUUCUGAGCACUCUGGAGAAGGUUUUCGUCCAGGAUAUCCCUGUACUUGGCCGGAUUCAUCUUUUCUUCGAUUACAACCUGUCUCCCUGUCCCUGCAGUUGAAAAAAACACAUACAGCAUGAUGCAGCCACCACCAUGCUUCACUGUUGGAACUGUAUUGGACAGGUGAUGAGCAGUGCCUGGUUUUCUCCACACAUGCCACUUAGAAUUAAGGCCAACAAUUUCUUUCUUGGUCUCAUCAGACCAGAGAAUCUUAUUUCUCACCAUCUUGGAGUCCUUCUAGCAAAUUCCAUGCAGGCUUUCAUGUGUCUUACACUGAGGAGAGGCUUCCGUCGGGCCACUUUGCCAUAAAGCCCCGACUGCUGGAGGGCUGCAGUGAUGGUUGACUUUCUUGAACUUUCUCCCAUCUCCCGACUGCAUCUCUGGAGCUCAGCCACAGUGAUCUUUGGGUUCUUCUUUACCUCACUCACCAAGGCUCUUCUCCCCCAAUUGCUCAGUUUGGCCGGACGGCCAGCUCUAGGAAGGGUUCUGAUCGUCCCAAACGUCUUCCAUUUCAGGAUUAUGGAGGCCACUGUGCUCUUAGGAACCUUAAGUGCAGGAGAAUUUUUUUUGUAACCUUGCCCAGAUCUGUGCAUUGCCACAAUUCUCUCUCUGUGCUCCUCAGACAGUUCCUUUGACCUCAUGAUUCUCAUUUGCUCUGACAUGCACUGUGAGCUGUAAGGUCUCAUAUAGACAGGUGUGUGGCUUUCCUAAUCAAGUCCAAUCAGUAUAAUCAAACACAGCUGGACUCCAAUGAAGGUGUACCACUUUAAGGAUGACCAGAAGAAAUGGACAGCACCCGAGUUAAAUACAGCAAAGGCUCUGAAUACUUAUUCCUGUGUGAUAUUUCAGUUUUUCCUUUUUAAUAAAUCAGCAAAAAUUUCAAAAAUUAAGUUUUUUUCUGUCAAUAUGGGGUGCUGUGUGUACAUUAAUGAGGGAAAAAAUGAACUUAAAUCAUUUUAACAAACGGCUGCAAUAUAACAAAGAGUGAAAAAUUUAAGGGGGUCUGAAAACUUUAUUUAUUUAUUUUUUUCAGAUGUUUUCUCACAAGACGGCAGGGUCUAGAUUGUGCUGUCCUCGCGUUAUUUCAACCCCAUUGCUAACGAAAGAUCAGGAAGUUGUUUGUCGACAUCUUUGAAAGCCGCUCAUUCCGCCCGAGUUUCCACCACUUCAGUUCGGUGGCACUAACGAGCUUCAGGUUUUCCUUUUUGAGUGUCACUUUUCCCAACCUCCAACUUGCUGUUUUUGAGACCGUGUGCACCGGUGGCAGGACCACCAUGAAGUGCAUUUGGCUGUGUUUGCGGGGCAGUAUUCCAGCACCGUAAAAAAAAAAAGAUAAUAAUAAAAUAAAAUGAAAAAUAACACCAGUGGACCUUUUUCACCCAGACCUUCGCCAAGGCUUAAACCUUACCUCCGAAUCCAGAUGAAAAAAAUUCUGACAAGAUAUGAUCUGGAUGUUGAGUUGAGUUUACAUUGCAGCAAAUCUGGAUCCAAUCCCAGAUCCAAUUUGGUAUGAUAUCACAGCGUCUAACAAGGCAUUUGCCAAUAUGUUGAAAUUUGACAUAUAAAUAUCCACUGUAUUUGACACCUUAUGUAUUAUUUUUUGGAUCUGUGUGUCUGAACCUGUUAAAUGGAAUUCUCAAUGUUGAUUUUCAGUUUGAAUGAAAUAUGGAUUCAAUUUGGUUUUGACAUGACUGCAUCAAACCAGGUAUCCAUGCAAAUUUGGUUCAAAUAAGAUACAAUUUUAUAGUUGAAUACCCACCAUGUUUGACAUGAUGUGGUAUGCUCUGGAUUGCGAGCUGUUCCUAAACUUUUCCAGUUAACACCUUGAUUUCAUUUAGCCUUCCUGUUAUUAAUACUGUACUAUAUACAGUAAAGGACAGAUUUAUUCAUAUCUUUGUCAAAUUUUGAGUUGAAGUCAAUUUUUAUUUGGUGAAAUUUAGCUGGAAAUAUUUUUUGUUUGUAUUUUUGAAAAGGAAAAUUGUAAUUAUAAAAAUUCACUUGAACUUGAAAUGUAGGCUUAACUGUAUGUACAUAUUUUUCCACCUAUUAUUCAUUAUUUUUAUGACUUUACAUAAUCAAAAAUCUGGAUAUUAAUACAAAAUAUCCUUUGAUUGAUUCAGCCAAAAAAACAAUCAAAGAAAAACUAUCACAUAUAUAAUAAUCCAAUAUUUAAAGACAGGACGCUGAUGAUAACUUCCUUGGCGGAGAUAACACAAAAAUCCAUUCACUGUUGACUAAAAUCUCACAAAAGGUGGAUUUACACGCUCCUCCCAAGAGCGCUUGUGCUCUGAUUGGACUAACUCAACCUUGGCUCUGCCUCUCAGGUGCAGGAUGCAGGGAACGGACACCAUUUUGUUCCCGCUCAAUACUACUGACUAGAAUGUGUCGAUAAACACACUGAAUACAACUAACUUAUCAUUUUGACUCGAAUGUAACGCGAAUGAUUGUUUAUACCCGUAAUUCCCAGCAUCGCUUUCCCUUAAUUCACCGUUAUUGUUAUUAUUAUAAUGAUUAUUUUUAUGUUUUAAAGCAAAGUACUAGCACACGCCUAGCAUCCCUUGUACAUAAAGAGUCUAGUUUUGUAUUUUUUCUCUCGCGAAGAGAUGAUGAUGUCUCCUCCUCCGACUGGUUAGUUGCCAUAAAGCACAUGUCACAUGAUCUUUUGUAUCUCAAUUAUUAUUAUUAUUACCUAGAUGGUUCAUAAGAACCACAGACUAGAGCUAUUUAUCUCAACAUGGAGAGAGAAAAACAUUAUUUAAUGUCUUAAAAAGAAAUCAGGAUGUAUCAUUUAACUGUAGAAGACAUAAUCUGCUAUUCAAUAAAGUGGUUUUGUAGCUAACUGCAACAUUCA